AUGUCUCUGGUCAAGUUCUCUGUUCUAGUAGAGGGCGAGGUUAUCUCCGUUCAAAUGGAAAGGAGGGAGGUCGUGAUGGAGAUCUACCACUGGAUCAGAUCCUUCUCCGUCCCCCUGAAGAACAAGCUCGCACUGCUUACGGUUACCCAGCUCACUUAUUUCAAGCUCAAAGAGCCAGUACGGAAUGAUGCGCCGUUAGAAUCUCGUGUGGCGGAAGGCAAUUUGGAGCCGCUCGACUCUAACACACGUAUAGAACAGUUCGCAGAGCAAUUCAAAGUGGGUUUCAUCUGCGUGCUAGUUAAGCUCCCACCAGACGAGACGGGCAUAGCGAUCGAACAGUUGCAGCAAAAUUACAGCGAUUUGUUUAGCCGACUGCAAAUCACCGUCGCUCAUCCUGGUCGCUGGUCGGCGGAUGAUAUCCGUGAGAGCGGUGGGGUCUACGUGGGUGGCAAUCAACCUACGCCACGCGAAAUAUCAGACAUAGAGACAAAGUUGACGAGGAAGCGAUCGUACCGAGAGAGUAGCAGUGAAUAUCUUCGCAUCGCGCUUACCUAUAGAGAUCAUUUCUCCUCGAUUUUCGAGCCCAGCUUGGCUGGUUCCGUGGAUGUCCAGAACGACGGAGAAUUUGUCGCCUUUUGCAAUGCCCUGUGCUGUUAUCGUGAAAAUUCAGAAAAAAUCGCGCAGAAUAUCUCAUCAUCUUUGAAAGCAAGCUCCUUCGCUGUAUAUUUUAUUCACCCUCCCUUCUUCUCGUGGAGGCCUCCGCAGGACCCUCUCGAGUACAAAGAACAACUUUCAUGGAACUUUCCAAUGUUCAUUGCCACAUGCGGCAUGGCAGAACCAUGGAGAAAGUUCACCCCAGACAGCGACUUCGGCGUUAUCUCCCGCACACAUUUAUGUCCUUUCGUCAUUUCUGACGUUAUCUCGCAGAAGCAUGAACAAGACCGACACCGCAUGCUGCUAGAGGCCAUCGUUGCUGCCCGAACGGGCAGCUACCUCCUAAAGGAUCGUUCCCAAUCGCGGUUCUUCGUCGUAGCGGUUUACCUUGCAGCUUCUUUGUGCGCAUCAAGGUACAUUGUGACCGAAGCAGAUUCAGGGAGACAGGUCCAUAUUGCACGGGCAGACUUCGACCUUACAGAUGCGAAUGCAGCCGUCCGAUUCUUCGGUGAAAUGUGCAAUCUCUCGCAACUCCUGGGCGAGCUUGCGGGUGAACUCGAUGAGUUGAAACGCGAAAGUCUGUUAACAAUUCAGCAAGUCGCUUCAAAGAUGAGGUCUCUCAAUCAUCGGAGAAGAGCUCGGCGGAGUACGCGACCUUCGUUGUCUUCAAACUCAGAUAGAUCGGGGCUCCAAGAGGAAGAUGAUCUGGGAAUUUUCCAUCAACAGCGAUCAAGUCCGGUCGGUUGUCGAUCACAUUAA